AUGGGCGUUCCACGGGAAAGGGUGGUCUCGGUCUCAUGCCAUUUAUUGGGUUUUGCCAAAGAGAAGGUGCUGCCUCUCGAAUCAAUUGAACUCCCUGUCACGGCAGGAACUUAUCCGAGGCAAAAGGUCAUCAUGGUAAAAUUUCUGAUUGUAGAUAGAACUUCAGCCUACAACGCUAUUAUUGGAAGGAUAGCUCUUAACGAUUUGAAAGCUGUCACCUCGACACCGCAUCUCAGUAUGAAGUUCCCGACAGAAGAGGGAGUCGGAGUGGUAAAGGGAGAUCAGAAGGAGGCUAGAAGAUGCUACAACUUAUCUUUAAAAAGCACCCCGAGGCAGUACAAUCUGGGGAUUGAUCCCUCGGUUAUUGUCCACAAGAUGAAUGUGGAUUCGAGUCAUCAACCAGUGAAGCAGAGAAGAAGAACUUUCGCCGCAGAACGAAAUCAAGCUAUCACGGAAGAGGUAGAGAAGUUAAAAGCCGGAUUUAUCCGGAAGGUGCAUUACCCUGAGUGGCUGGCCAAUGUGGUGUUGGUGAAAAAGUCUAACGCUAUCAAGGGGCAGGUUCUAGCAGAUUUCUUGGUUGAAUUUUGCAACAUCCCCGAAGCGGAAGAGCUUCCCAAAGAAUCAACCUGGGUUGUGCAUGUGGAUGGUUCCUCGGCACGGAGCAGAAGCGGGGUGGGAGCCAUCCUAAGGAACCCCGAAGGUCAAGAGUUCGGUUUUGCCAUAAAACUGGAUUUUGUCACCACCAACAACGAAGCAGAAUAUGAAGCCGUAAUAGCAGGGUUGUUGUCACAAAGAUACCCCGAGAGGAAAAUACCCGAGCAGAUGAACUCUCAAAGGUCGCUUCAGGAACAAAUGAAGAGAUUGAGGCGAACAGAUGAAGAGAUUGAGGCAUCACAGCGACAAAUUAUUGUUCUGAUCGAGCCGUCCAUAACCCCGAAGGACAACAUUAUGGAAGUAGGUAUAACGCCGAACGAACCAGAAUGGGCUACUGAGAUUAUUCAGUUUCUGAAAAACGGGUCGUUACCCCAAGAAAAGGCUGAGGCUCGAAAGGUCAAAAAUCAAGCAACCCGGUUUUGCUGA